CGGCCGCCAUUGUAUUUUUUUCCUCCUGCCAUUCACGAAAAUCACACCGCCAAUCACAAACACCCCCAACGACAAAGUGAAAAAAAAGCCCCGCCAUGAUGGGAAAAAAAGCCCCGCCAAUCAUUAGGAAAAAUCCUGUAUAACGGAAUUAAUGCAGCGCAAAACGACGAGUACCUGAGCCACAACCUUUCUCUUCCGCUUUUUCUAUCAGUAUGCCAUUCAUCCGUGCAAAGUUAAGAGAAUCAAAGGUCAAAAAAUCGCAACGACCAAGCUACGAUGCUACAAAAUGUAAACACUAUGUGUUGCGAGUUCUCGGGGAGCUAGUAAAGACGAACAUAUACGAGCAUCUUAAGAAGCAUCAGCAACAACCACACGAAGAUGUCAGAAACGCACUAAUUGACAGCGCACCAAAACGUUUCAACAACAUAUACAAUAAGACUGCAGAACUGUGGCAGAAAGAAACCAACGACACGAUCAAUUCAAAUACGAUCAGUGACACCAUAAGAAACAGCAGAAAUUGGAAAAACCACGAACAGUACUUGCUCGUAUUGAAGAGGGUUUACACAGAUUCGUAUCUUAACGAGACGAAGGAAUGUAUACAAAGUGACACUCACAAAAAGACUGGCAAAAAUAAAAUAAAAAGGCUUUUGAUACGGACACCCCCCUCUAAUCCUUACGGACACCCCCUUCUAUUUUUAAUCCUCAUCAGGUUACACACAUCCUAUAAAUAUAUACUUGUGGGGUGUCCGCAAGGUUAUGAGUAUACUUAAGUGGUGUGUUCUGUUAUUUGCUAUACCAUAUAACGGGAGAGCCAUAAAUCAAAGUGAUGUAAAAUAUAAUGUUCCUUUAAGGUAUUGAGUAAAUCUUAUCAACAUCGCUGUUUAACACAUGCCAGAA